GACGUAUUACUCCGUUGGUAGAAAAGUCGCCUGCUAUUACCUCGUGCGACCGCGACCGGCCAUAUUGUAGUGAAUGAUUGACUGAGUGACGUACGGCUAAAGUAGCCAUAAAUAAAUCUUCCAACAUCUGAAAGUUGCGAAGAGCUUUCCAAUAAUUAACCAUCAUGGAAAAUACGUAUGGAAUUGGCAUUGCCAAUAGGUACGCUCUUUUUUUGGAUGAUGAAUCCGAUCCAUUGGAAACGCUUACUUUAAAAGAGCAGGAAAAAGAACUGAAAAAGAAAAGCAAAGUGGCCGAGAAAGAAAACAAAGUGAAAACACCGACCAUACCAAAGGGAAAACCGACCCCAGCUCAAAAAAAACCGGUUAAAGAUGUAAAUCAUAAGCCCCAGGAAAAUAAACGCGACGAAACUAAACCUGCCCCAAGAAACAAUGUUGACGGAAAACCAGAACGGUCCUUUAAUAGAUUCAAUAAUGAAAAUCGUGAAGAAAGAAAUAAUAGGCGAAACCGUGAGGAUAGACCAUAUAAUGGACCAUCUGAAAAUAGGGAUCGUGAAGAAAGGCCUAGGAGAGAACCUGCGACUGGAGAUUUUGAAAACCGCAACAAUCGUGAUCGAGGAGAACGACGUGAAGGACGUGAGGGACGCGCAAUUGGAAACAGACCCGGAGCACCACGUGGCCAACGUAGGAAUUUUGAUGGAGACAGGCGAGGCAAAAGGGAAUUCGAUAGGCAAAGCGGAUCAGACAAGACCCAUGGUUACAGAGGAGUUAAGCCGAUCGACAAGCGUGACGGAGCUGGGGCACACAAUUGGGGAUCUCACAAGGAUGUUAUUGAGGAAGCAGACAGGCCUAAUACCGAUGCUAACGAAAGUUGGGGAGACGAAGUUAAAAUUGAACCUAUUGAAACGGAAAAGAAAGAGGAAGGAAGACCAGAGGAAGGAAGAGGAGGAGAGGAACAGACACCAGUAGAAGAAGAACCAAAAGAAUUGACCCUAGAUGAAUGGAAGGCUCAACGCGCUGGACGUGCUAAACCCCAAUUCAAUAUUAGGAAAGCUGGUGAAGGAGAGGACCCAAGCCAAUGGAAAAAAAUGUUUGAACUUAGGAAAAAAGAAAAGGAUGAGGAAACUGAUGAAGAAGAAUAUGAUGUCUCAGAAUAUCCCCAACGUGUUGGUAGACAAAAGCAUCUCUUGGACAUCGAGAUUCAAUUCAAUGACAGUGUACGCAGAGGUGGUGGACGCGGAAGAGGACAAAGAUCUGGGGGCCCAAGAGGUGGUGGAAAUCGCGGUGGUGGUACUGGUGGUAGUGGUGGCGGCGGUGGCAAUCGAGCUAGAGAAAGUGAUAGAGAUAGACCAGAAAGACGUUACCAUAAUGAUGCUGUUGAUGAGAGAAACGAUGCCCGCCAAGCUCCUAAGGUAGAUGACGAACGUGAUUUCCCCUCUCUUGGCUAAUGGUUAGCCCCCAGACAGUCGUUCACUAAGUAUUAUCAGCUAUUUUAGUGGAUUACUACAAUGGGGCGACUAUCAUCACAAUAAAACUGUAUAUUAUUACAAUUUAACUACUUUGUUAUGUCGGAUUCCGACAUAAACAGGUCUUUAGAAUUUCUUAGCAAGUUUUUCAAAUAUUCUAUAGGAAUUUCUUUCGAAAAUAUCUCAUUUUGAGCUAUUGCAACACGUGGACUGCCGCGCCUUUGACGCCAUAAUAUAAACAAAAGUACAGCAGACACCGUUUCUAAUGCGGUAUUUUUUUGAGGAAUAAACUAUAUUCAGUGUAGACUGGAACACUCUGAAAGGUGGUGACUACUAGUCAGUGUUAUGCUGUAUUGUUAAACAGUUUCAAUUGUCGCUGAUGCUCAUGUUAACAUUUGUUCAUGAUGCCAUUUUUCAAUUUGCAUUUUUUAUUACGAAGUUUUAAUUAUUUAGUUAUAGGUUUAAAAAAAUCGACAGGAAAAAUUUGGACAUGGAUGAUAGUAACGCCAGUCUCGAUAUAUUCAUAUUAUAAUUAAUUUAUCAUAUUGUAAAUGUAUUUUUUGGGUUGCUUUGUCGCUUUUCUGUAUCCUUAAAUAUAGCAUCAGCUGUAUCAUUUUGUCAAUGUAUUGCUGUCAUUAAUUCAAUGAGAGGAAGAGUACUCAUUAUAUCAGUUCAGAAAGGCUUGGACCAUUUUGCUCAAGGGGAUAUUCAUGUACCAAUCGAACAAAAACCUAGAGUUAUUCAUUUUACAGUACGGGUAUACAAGAAUUAAUACAAAAUGCAAAAGGUUAAGUGUACAAUUUUUUCGGAUAGGAUAUACCGGAUAUCCUACAAAAGACAGACACCUUCCAAAGCAUUUAACGAAUCGGGCCUAAGUGGAUGUGAUAUCUGUAGGUUUGAGUCAACGUUUCUGACUUACGAAAUGCUUCAGUCGAAACUGCUGUAUCUAUCUUCCUCUUUACCAACUAUUUAUAAUCCCAUCCUAUUUGCUCGCAUUGAUCAUGUACAUACACAGGGCCGCUGUAUCCAUUAGGCAAUAUAGGCAGUUGCCUAGGGCGGCAAAUUAUGAGAGGGCGGCAAAAGCAAAAAUACGCAAAAAUGGUACAUGUUUGAAGGGCGGCUACUAGAGAAUUACCUAGGGCGUCAAUUCACCUAAAUGCGGCUCUGUACAUACAUACAUACUUACAUAAUCGAUGUUCCUCUUAUACCGGAAGGUGUCGAGGAUUGAUCAUGUUUUUGACAUAAUUUUCAACAAAAAGAACAACACGAAUUAUGCAAGGAAAGAAUAACACAAAAAUAAAAUAUUAAUCAGUUGCAAAAGUACGAGAGUAUUGAAAAGCGACAACGUUCGUAUCGACAAUAGUUUAUUUUUUGUUAAAAGCUUUUUUAAUUAUAGACUUGUAAUUAAUUGUAUUUUAUAGCUAUUGGCUCAUGUUGCUGGUAUUACGAACCAAUUGUAUUGCCAGUAACAUGUUAAUUUUGAAAGAUAACACAAAAAUGGACUCCGAUCUGUGAAAUGAACAAUUUCUGUCCUUAUGGUGACAUAUGUUCACUUUCGCAGAAACUGGAAAGGUGUGUGUUGCGGGCAGGCGCAUCCGUUUAGUUUUACUGAAGUUGUCUGCCAAAUUAACACUUUCAGCUCUGGGCCAAUAUCAGAUAUUGGUCUCAUGUGCCACUUUUAUACAGUCAUUGGAAAAUUGUUGAAACGUGAACACGGUAGUCGUGUCGGCGGUACCUGAUUAAAAACAGUGAACACGCGAGUCGUGUCGCCGGACUUGAAAGUGUUAAGACCUGAAAUAAUUUUGCUUUUCCAUUUAACAGUUUUUCUAUCAGUGUUAGAUGUCAAUACAUUUACAAUUUGGGACAUACUCGUAUCAUAUUUUUUUACUACGACUGAAUAGUUUUGUAUUCAUCUAAAUGUGUCGAGAACACUAGUAACACUACGGGAUUUUCAUGUGUGGUAAUUUUAAGUUACAAUUGAUUAUAUAUUGUUGUAAAAACCUUCAAUUCAAAACAACAUUUUCGAGUAGUUAAACGUGUAUGAUACACACAUUUCUUCAAUAAAAUGUUUUGUUGUAACAAA